AUGAAGAGUUCGACUUUUAUACUUUGGUUGUUGAUAAUAAUCAACAGUCAAUAUAUUAAUGGAAUUGAUUAUGAGUUAUUUGAGUACUUCAAUCGAACGGAUCCCGCAGCUCAACAAUUGUGCGACUUCAAACAACAGCAUCCGAUACCAAUAGGCUUACUCACAACAAGUUCAGGGAAACCAGUAGAAAUAAGAGAAACAAUUUCUUUGAAUUCCGAUGCGUUUUCAAACCAGUACCAUAUAGAUCUACUCACACACGCCAAUGCAGAAAGGAUUCCCGAAAGAGUGGUACACGCUAAAGGAACAGCCGCAUUUGGUUAUUUUGAGGUAACUAAUGACGUAUCCCAGUACAUAAAAUCUGACAUGUUUAAUGGAAUAGGAAAAAUAACGCCAACUGUAGUUCGAUUUUCUACAGUAAUGCAAAAUCUUGGAGGAAGUGACCUUGCUCGAGAAACGAAAGGUAUGGCUGUUAAGUUUUAUACACAAGAAGGUAACUUGGACUUUGUGGCUCUAAAUUUCCCCGUUUUUUUCAUUAAAGAUCCUGUAAAAUUUCCGUUCUUUUUUCACGCGUUGAAACGGAAUCCUAAAACUAAUCUUUUCGACUUCUCCAUGCGUUGGGACUUUUUUACUAAAAACCCGGAAUCAAUACACGCACUCUUAUGGCUAUUCUCUGAUUAUUGUGUUCCAAAUGGGUAUACAAAAAUGGACGCGUUUCUUAUUCACACUUAUGAGAUCAAUAAUAAGUAUGGAGACAGAUAUUUUGUCAAAUUUAAUUUUAGAACAGAGCAAGGUAUUGAGAAUCUACCAUCUGAUGUAGCAGAAGAUAUUUCUGCCCGUGAUCCCGAUUACUAUAAUAGGAAAUUAUACGAUGACAUUGAGAACAAGAUAUAUCCUGCUUGGACGUUGGAAAUGGAUGUAAUGACAUUUGAUGAUAUUAAGAAAAUUGAUUAUAAUCCAUUCGAAAUUACAAGAUUAUGGAAAAAGGGUACUUACCAUACUAUUACAAUUGGCCGUCUAGUUCUAGACAGGAAUCCAGAUAAUUUUUUUAGAGUUACAGAAAUGAGUGCUUUUAACCCUGGGAAUUUAGUACCAGGUAUACCUGGACCAAUGGAUAAUUUAUUUAAAUCUAGAAGAUCAUCGUAUCGUGAUACUCAAGUAUACCGUUUGGGAGUGAACCAUAAUAGAAUUGAAGUUAAUACUCCUUUGUACUGGAAAGUUUAUGAUCGAGACGGCAAGCCUCCUGUAAAAGAUAACAUGAGGGAUGCACCAAAUUACUAUCCAAAUUCAUUUAACGGACCUGUUCCUUAUGUAGAUUCGAGUGAGCCUAAAGAAAGAUUUACAAUAUUGGAAGUGAACGCAGUUGAUUUAGAACAUGCAUCAUAUUUUUAUAAUCAUUACUUACAACACGAUCAAAGAGAGAGACUUGUUAAUAAUACUGUACAAUCCUUGGUUCCUGUGUCACCAGAAUUGCAAAGAAGGGCAAUACGUUUGUUAACCUUAACAGAUGUAGAUUUAGGUAUACACGUUUCGGAAAUCUUAGAUGAAGUAUUGCAAAUUUCAUCCACUCCGAUGCCGCGGGUAUUGCGAGUUUCACGUUAG